AUGGAGGCUGCAGCUGGAGCGCAGCCGUCGCCAGCUCGUCUGGAAGCACAGAGAGGCUUCAGAUAUGAACACUGCGAAACGCUCGGGGCUGAAAACGGCGGAGGUGCAGCCGUCGUUGCGAGCGGCAAGCAGGAAAGGCACGAGGUGGAAGCCAAGAAACGAAGAGGCAGCCGGGGAGCCGGGAAGGACGACGAGCUGCGAGAGGAGGCGGUGGCUGUUCGGUACAGAGGCACCGAGGGAUCGAGAGAAGGCGCUCCAAAGCGAGACAGAAGAGGAAACAGAGAGAACGGAGGGAAUGCCGUAGCCGGGAAGAAGGCACAGGGGCGCAGGGGGAGGCGUGGACGGAGAGCGAAAGGCGCCCACGACCUCGCGCAAGAGGAAACUGAGGGCGAAGGAGGGGCGACUAAUGCACAGGAAGCCUCCUCUGGAGAUGAGGACGCCGCGCGUGCGAGAGGGAUUGAGCAGGUCCUGCGGGAGGCUGCAGAUGAAGCAGGCGCCGUGGAGGCGAUGAUUGCCGUCGCCGGCGGCCUCCGCAUCCGCCGCACGUUCAGACUCUCGGAGCUCUUCCGGAGUGAGUCUAGAGCGCAGGCGCGCGCCAACUCACCCGCGGCGCCGCGGCUUCAGUUGGAAGACGAGGAGGCUGCGAGGCAGACGAACUCCUCGAAGGAGAAGCGGGGGGAGGAGAGGGGGACGCGGGAGGAGGAGAUGGGCGAGGCCGUCGAAGGCGCGCGGCCGCCGACGCGACCGACCAGGGCGCUGAGAACGACGGCGUGGGGCCUGCCGUACAGCAGGAAAGAGAGGAAUCUGGCGCGAGCCGCGGUGAGCGCGAGACGCAGAGAGGACGCGACAGAGGAAGACGAGGGCACGAGGCGCCGCAGACCUGGUGCAGUUGCCGCAGCGGAAGCUGAAGGCGCGCCAGACGCUCAGGGACAAGGCCGAGGCGAAGGAGGGCGCCCGCGACGGAGAAGGAGGCUGCGCGUUCCUUCGCCCUCGCGGUCGGCGGCGCUGGCGGCCGCCCGAGAGGCGUGCGCAGGUGCCUCAGGAGGAGUUGCCCCCUGCUCAGACGCCGAGAACUCCACGCAAGAGAGAGAGGAGAUAUGGCUGGGCGAGGGAAACGUGUGCGAAGCGGAAACUCGCCCUCGAAGGAACCGGCGGACGCUCGCGUCUUCAGACGAAGAGGCCGAGUUCAUCGAAAGACGGGGUCGCGACGCCCAAGACGCACGCGAAGGCGACGAGGCUCGAAGGCGAGAGGCCGUCGGCCUGUCAAGCGGAUGUUGUAGGGACGGAGCUGAAGAGCCAUAUGCGGCAACCGAAAGGCCCCAGAAGAGGCGCGCAGAGUCCGCGCCCUCAAGACAAAACUACCUGGCAAGAGCGAGCGACGCCGACGAGACAGGGAGAGAGGAGGGCGGCCGCGGUGCUGCGUCGUCCGACUCCGUCACACACGGGCGCAGCGUCCUUCCUCCACCGGAAAAAGAGAAAAAAGGAAUCGCCGAGGGGCAGGGUUACCGGACGGCGGCGCUACGGACUGAGGCGAAGCGCAGGGAAACCAGGCGAGCGAGAGAGGACGCGAAGGAGAAAAGGAAGGAGUUCGUCUGCCUGCGUCUCCUCUCCGCCGCAAACCUUCGCCUCCUGCUCCAGCGCGUGCCUUCUGAGGAAUUCGAACUCCACGGCUUCCUCUCCUCUGCACGUUUCAUCGUGACCGCCUCGCCGCGGCUGUCCCAGCGCCGCAAACGCCACGAGCCGGCCGAGGGUGCCGAAAGCUUCGCUCGCGGAGAGGCGGAGAAUGAUGAAGCAGGACGCGCAACGCGCAGCGCCCGCGAGGCAUCUGCUUCAGGCACAGCGCAGAGUGCGGAAGCUUUCGAAGGGUCGGCGCCAGCCCCUGAAGCGGCGGAAGGCGCGAUGAGCUUCUCUCACGAGGGAACAGGGUUUUCUAGCGCGUGGAAGUCUGAGGGCGACGUGGCACUCCGAGCGCGAGCGGAGGGAAGCGGAGACGAGACUCAGCCCAAUCUUUUCCCAGAUAGAGCUCCGGCGGACCCGAGAGGCAGUGAAGCGCAGACACAGAACGGUGGCAGAGAAGGCGGUAAACACGGCUUCAGCGAAGCGCCGCUCAUGAGUCUUUUUGCUGCGGGAGAGGAGAGUGCGCUGAAAGGCGGAGAAUCGGGGAGCGGGCGUUCGACAGUGUUGAGCAGGCUCAGGGAAGGAGUCGAAUCGUUUCGCGCGCGAAGCGGAGAAGACGAAAGAGUCAGAGCGACAGAGGAGAACAGCACCGGGCGGCAAGAUUCGCAAGAGGAGGAGCCCAGCAGCUGGCGACAAGCUGUUGUAGACGCCAAGAAACUCUGGAUUGGCUCGCUGCUCAGACCCAAAAUGAUUGCGAUUGCGACGCACCUCUUGGAGGCUAACGGAAGAGACGCGGAUCUCUUUUCUCACAGACGUUUUGCGUCAUUUUCGGGGCUUCAAGCUGCUUUCCUUCGCGCUGUCGGGAGCUCAGCAGCUCCCGAGGAAAGCCCGUCGCCCUCCUCGCCGUCGCGGUUUUCAAGGCGCUGCGGCGAAGGUGCGUUUGCGUCUCGGCUCUCAUCCCCCGCCGCAGCGUCAGUGCUUCGCGAGGGCUCUCUCUUUUCCCUCGCGCUCCAGUCCUCCUCUUUCUUCAUCUCUGCCGUCGCGAGAGAGGCGCACGCCGUCGACGCCACCGCCUUGUCGUCAAGCGUGCAGAGGGGCUGCGGCGCGGAGCACGCGAGCGUCUCGCUUCUCACCUGGACGCUGAGAGAGUACCUCACGGAGGGCGACCUCUGCCGGCUCAUGUGCACCUGCAGGCUCCUCCGGCAGGAGCUGUCGCACUGCGCGUAUUGGCCUUCGCUGGUCUUCCGACCGCUCUCGUCCGCCUCGUCUGUCUCCGCACGCGGGCGCCGCUGUCGGCCCUCGGCGGAGGCGCAGCAAGAGAAGAUCGUCGAGCUGCUCUCUCAGCCGCGCUUCUUCUCUGCGCGCGCCGCGUUCGCUGCAGGCGAGCCGACGUCGCGGCUGCGGCGCCUGAGGCUCGAGAUGCACCUGGGCGCGUCUUUCGGUCCCUCGCUGCAUGUGACGGCCGUCACAUGCCUCCACAAGGUGGCGGCUGUCGCGCCCAACCUCGUCUUCCUUGACCUCACCGGCUGCGAACCGCUGGGGGCCUGGUGCGACGGGCGGAGCUUGCUGCUGCAUCUCCGUCAUCUGUUUCCUUCUCUGCGCGCCUUCGUCACGUCUCGCGGCGUGGAAGUCGCCGUCAGCCGAGACGGCCCAGCCUCGAAGGAGCGAGGAAACUCCUCUUAG